UCUGCAACCUUCAAAAUGGCCACAUCAAGCAAAAUUUGCAUUACACCGGAGAAUGCUGGAGUUUUUAGUUCUUCGAACUUGAGUCCGGCCUCCGCCCGGAAAGUGAGCGAGGUGCUUCAGCAUGAUAUGGAUAAUCAUCAUACUUAUCUGAACAAGAUUCAGUUUCACGAUCAUAUCGUGCAUUUUAUGCUCACGAUCUGGGCUCUUGGAGCGUCUCCCGAGACUAUCCAGCUGCAAUAUGAACGGGAGGAUAAGCGUCAGCGCCCUGCUUUCCCGCGGAAUGAGAAAUUCAUUGCUUCGUUCGCCGACAAAGACGAAUUUAUGAAGCACAUGUUUCAAGAAGAACACUACUCCAACUACCUCGCCUUUUUCCAACGCGAGAUUGCUACCAAGGGUGUUCCAGCUACCUUGAAGGCAUAUUUAUUCAAUGGUGACAAGCUUGCUGAAUCAUUGCUUUCCCGAAUAUUUGCGGGUCUUGUUCAUCCGAUCAUUCAUCUUGGCUUCGGUAUUGACGAGGAGGUUAUUCACCACUGCAGCAAGUGGUCUGUACCCGAGGAUAAAAUCCCGGAAAAGCUUGCGGAAAUGGUCAAUACAACAAUUUAUUGGACUGCCACAGCGCAGAACCCAGAGAAAGAGCUGAAGCUAGACUUUUUCUUCAUUCAUGCUGUGAAUCUCUCUAUUUUAUUCAAGGCAUUUAUGGGACUACCAUACAUUGAAGCAUCAAUGAAGAGUCGCCUUUUAGAAAUGAAGGGCCGGAUGGAUCUUUUGAUCUGGGCACCUCGUAAAAUGCCGCAGCCCCAGGUCGACGACAUAUUGAAUUAUCCAAUUCAUCUUGGCUGGCCCAAGGUAUUCUCAAAGAGUUACCUGCAUCCUUCAGAUGACGGCCAUCUGGCUAAGUUUGUUCGAACUGUUGCUUUCGCAGAGGAACUCUGCCGUCCCUUUGAAACGAAGCUACCAAGCGAUAAUCUUCCAGUCUCUGGAGACAUGUGGCUGAAGAUUGGCAAUAUGGGUAAGUUUGGCCGAUUAUUCCUUGAAGGAUAUUCUCUGACGUAUGAAUUUAUUCAGCUGUUGAUACCACUGGGGUGA